AUGCACAAACCAUCUCUGGCUCAAAUAGUACAUCGAGCAACUUUCCCACGUCAGCGCACCAGCGACCCAGCAACAUUUGCCGCCCAUAUCGCGCUUAACCUGGUCCCGGAGGUACGCAUCGAGACAUCCACCUUCUAUGGAUCGCUAGACAGCGUGGAAGCCCAAUACCCUGGCUUGGACUACUCCUAUGGCCCGCAUCGCAUGAGGUUGAGCCGUUUCCCAUGGCAUCGCAAAUUAUUCAGAGUCUUUGACGAGCUUGGUCUGUCAGAGAAAGAGAUAGGCUCACUAUGUCGUUGGGAAGGUACCAAGUCCGCGCGACAACGCUACGAAAAGGAGGAAGGUGUGAAGGUCCGUGACACCACCGCUGAUGCGAUCCGACCUGCAUCGCCAUCGCCACUUCCAUCUGUCGUAAUCCAUGUUGAGGAUGGCCCGGAGCCAAUUCGCGAAACAAAGGCUAGAGCUGCGACAUACGAGGAGGCAGAGAUUCCGAAUGGCGCAAUGGAUGAUCGGGGCGUCGACUGUGAGUUGCAGCUACAGGAGAGUGAGGAUUCCAGCGACGAGGAGAUGGAGAGCUGCGGGGUGGAACUGAACCAUCGCCUUCUUGCUGCAACAGCGGCAAGAGAACGGGGUGCCAAUGUACCAUUGGAUGAGGACUGGGAGCAGUGGCUUAAGGAAGCAGGAGAGCGUGGCAGUUACACGGACGUUUUAAAUGCGAUCCGUAGAGGCCAGCCGUUGAACUUCCUGUACGACCUUCCCGCCUCGAUACCCCAAACGGGUAGAACUUCGAUCCAACAUUCUGUAUCGUUUUCUGAACCGCUGAACACGUCAAUGCCAUCUCGCUUGCUUUCUACCAGCGCCGGUAUUCGCCGACCCCCUCAAACACCUGCAAGGGCCGCACGGUAG